ACAGCCUACAUGCAGGCUGAGAGUGACCAAGGACCAGGCACCAAGGCUGCACUGCACAAGCUGCAGCAAGUCCGCCCCAGGGACAAGCCUGAGAGCCGAGCCCAGGACGUUCAGCCAUGGCAGGGCCUAUAUGAGUGUGACGUGUGUGGGGAGAGGUUUGGUUACAGCUCAGGGCUGCUCACGCACCAGAAGCUGCACUUGAGGGAGAAGCUCUUCACGUGUGAGUGCGGGAAGAGCUUUGGCCGGAGUGGAGACCUCCAGGCCCACCAGAGAGUCCACACCAGGGAGAAGCCCUACACCUGCCUGGAGUGUGGGAAGGGAUUCCGGUACAGCUCCAACCUCCGCACCCAUCAGAGGCUGCACACGGGCGAGAAGCCCUACAUGUGUCCCGAGUGCGGGAAGGGCUUCAGGUUCGCCUCGGGGCUCCUGAGCCACAAGCGGGUGCACACGGGGGAGAAGCCCUACAGGUGUGACAUAUGCGGCAAGAGCUACAGCCAGAGCUCGCACCUGCAGGGCCACCUGAGGGUGCACACGGGGGAGAAGCCG